UACACAAUCUAAAUGGCUAACACCCACGUAAUCUAAAUUUAGAUCAUUGGGUUCAAGCCGUCCUAAAUGAUCAUCUAAGUCUUCCUAGUAGCUCAUUAGAUAUGCAUAAACAUUUCGACCAAUCUGAUCCUUCACUCUUCGGUGGACGAGCCAAGGUGAUCGCUACGAAAUGCGUCGGUUAAAGCCCGUUUUCUUAGAUGUGAAGAAUAUUGGGCGCGAUGGAAAGAAAACCACCGUAUCGAUUCCGCUGAGAGUGGAUCUUGGGAAGCAGCCUCAUAAGAGUACGGAGGAAAAUAGUCAGGACACCAACAGUCCAGUAGAACAAGAUGUCCCUCUUGGCGAUCUCGAUAAGCAGGAACUCUCAACUCAACAGCAAAAUCGCGUUUUGAGUAUCUCUGCUAACUGGGAAAAGGUACGGGAAAAGUUGCUGAAUUCGUACAUUGAAGAACAGCAUCUCCCAGACAAUGUGAACUGUGUGAACUGUCAAAAGAGUAUCGCUACAACAAGAUGUGAGUACUGUGGCCCUCGCCAGUACUUUUGUGUUGGAUGUGCACGAGCUCUACAUGUCAAUCGAAACAAGUUUCAUGUACUUGAGCAAUGGAAGGAUGGGGUAUUUUCUCCUUUGUAUGCAGACGAGGCAACUGUUAGCUAUGGCCAUACAUGCAGAACCGCAGCAGUAAAGCUGUUCAGACUUCUGGAUGCCUCAGGAAAUCAUCACCUCAAAUAUGUACAAGUGUGUGAUUGUGAGCCGCAUGCUGUCACACUCUUGAAAUGCCAGUUCUGGCCAGGGUCACCAGCAAAUCCCACCACAGGAUUCAGCUUCAAACUGAUGGAGUUUGUGGAGAAGGUCUUUCUUCAUUGUCAAGUGUCCCUGCUAAACAUCACUGAAGUGAUCACAGAACUCAAUCCUCAGCUACAGCCAACACAUGUGAGCUCAAUUUACAGUAUCCUUAAUUCAGAAUGCUUUGAAGAAUUCAGGUAUUUCAUGUAUCAGUACAGGCAUUGUACAAAGUACAAUAAUGGAAGUUUGUACAAUGGAGCUUGGUGUCCUAUAUGUCCAAGGGAUGAUGGUGUUCUCAUUGAAAGCAUGGAUGGGUGCUUUGGACUGUGCAGAAAGAAGGACAAAGGGCAUAAUUUAGGAACACCCAAACAUGGAACACUCCUAUUUGCAGACCAGGAUGAUGUUGACAAUUUUGUCAACAGUUAUGGCAAAGCUGGAGCAGACAUGGAACAGAACUGCAGUAAGUUCCAUGCUGGAGAGGUUCUUUCAGAACAACUUUGGUAA